UUUGAACCAAUUUGAACUGUUACAUUUUGAAGGUUUUGUCCCUUGCAUUACUGAUUUCAACGGUUUUCCUUCUUUGAUUUUACCCCUAACACAAUGGAAUCAACAGUUUCCGUCUCUAAAGGUGUUUUUGUUUUUAAAAAUGGUUUACAACCAAACAAGCAGAAGGGAAGAGGUAGAAAAAAGAAAAUCCCAACUGGCACUGGCAAUAUUUACAGAGAUGAAAUGUGGUUCCAAACAUACACCGAACUGUGGGAGGUUUUAGAAUCAAAAAUCAAGGAAUUGAAUAGUGAUAUGUUUUCAUCUAUUCUAUCAAAUUUAUUGAAUUUUAUUGAUGGCAGUUAUUGUAAGCCAGUUACUGAGAUACCGGCUGGGGCUUUACUGACAGGAAUUAACAUGCCCGACCAUGCAGUUCAAUUUGAAACAUUGAAAAGUUCAAUCAAUGAAAAAAUCAGUCCUCAUGUGGCUCAUUUGAGUUCACAGGAUUGUCCAUCUCUUAAAAAUCUUGUGGAGAAUAUGAUCAAUCAGUUUAUUAAUGAAGAUAUUGAUUAUGAUUUAGAUGAAGAGAAUGUGAAAAGUACAAAAGUUAAAAUCAAAAAGUCCCAAUGUAGUUUCACUCUCUUGCAAUCAUGGUAUGAAGAUUUAUAUAACAAUAAAGUGGACAAUGUUCUGGUUGUCAUUUUACCAGAUUUUGAGAGUUUCAAGGAAAAUGUCUUACAAGAUUUUAUUCAAAUAGCAAGCUAUUAUGUAAAUAAAUUACCAUUUGUAUUGGUUUUUGGCAUAGCAACGUCUUUGAGUGCUUUGCACAAAGCAUUGCCUUAUCAUGUAUCAUCAAAAAUCAAUAUACAGGUAUUCAAUUCUCAGCCUUCAAUAACAUAUCUCAAUAAAAUUAUAGAGAAUGUACUUUUCUCUAAUGAUUGUCCUUUCUACUUAGGAGGGAAACUGUUUGCUCUAUUCACAGAUAUAUUUUUGUUCUACGAUUUUUCAGUAACAGGAUUUAUACAGAAUUUCAAAUUCGCAAUGUUGGAACAUUUUAGCACCGGAAAUGCUAAAGCACUGUGUAUAACUCAUGGAUUCUCCGAAGUGUUGAAGAACUUUAGCAAAGAAGAUUUCGAAAAUGUGCGGAUGUUGCACUCAUUCAGAAGAUUCGUCGAAGCAGAAAGUCCAAAAAAUCAAAUAGAAUUGUUGACCGAUGAUAAAUAUUUCCAAAAGGCCAUAAAAAAAGAACUGAAUAAAUUAAUCUAUUAUAUGAAUAAUUUAGUUGUCUUAUUAGAGUGCUUGAAUAUUUUAACAGCAGACCUUCCUAAAGCUCCAUUAGGAAAAACUUUUCGCGAAAUAUAUUGCGUGGCUGUUUCGAAGAAGUUGAGCGAAACUGUCGAGUUCAAAGAAGCGUUUCAAUUGUUGAGUUUCCAAUCGAAAGACGAGCUGCUGACGAAAAUAGAUUCGGUGUUGAAUCUUCUAAAAAACAACAUUGAAAUCUACACGGAAGAAAAUAUAGUUGAUGAUUUGAAAACGUUCAUCGAAGAGCUGAAUAAUCUAUCCAAUGAUCAGGUUGAAGAAGUUCAAGAAGAUUUAGAUUGUUUGAAUAUUGAAGGGACUAUGCAACGAGCGCAGCUGAAACAAAAAUUGUUUCAACAGGCGAAAUCCCAGAAUAAACCAAUGAAUGCGUAUGAAAAGUUUCGAUCAAAAGUUGUGGAAUAUUUCGAGCAUAUAUUCGAAGAAUACCUUAAAGUUCCAACGGAUUUUACUUUCCAUGAAAUAUUCUUUUACAAUGACAUUUCCAUACAAAAUCAUAUAAUUGGUUCUCAUCGAGCCGCGAUUCAUACUGCGUUGAAUGAUCCUCAGAGUUACUUGGAUUGUUCGUGUUGUGGCAUUUCAAAUGAUGCAGUCAUUUUAAGCUCGAUGCCGGACAUUUGUAUCGCCUACAAAUUGCAUUUGGAGUAUGGGAAAAUGAUUAACUUGUACGAUUGGCUGCAAGCUUUCUUAUCCAUCCUCGAUCCUGUCCAUGCCGAUGACGAUAAUGAGAAACGUGAGGUGGACCCACAAUUGCAAGCUCGUUUUACGCAGAGCGUAGCCGAAAUGGAAUUCCUCGGAUUUGUUAAGAGUUCGAAGAGGAAAACUGACCAUGUUUCAAGGUUGACAUGGGGUGGAUAA